GGUGUAACCCCGCGCAGGCGCGGUGCGCGCCGGGGCGGCGGCGGGGGCGGCCAUGUCGGUGCAGGAGGACCCGGUGCAGCGGGAGAUCCACCAGGACUGGGCCAAUCGCGAGUACAUCGAGGUGAUCACCAGCUCCAUCAAGAAGAUCGCGGACUUCCUCAACUCCUUCGACAUGUCGUGCCGGUCCCGGCUGGCCACUCUGAACGAGAAGCUGACGGCCCUGGAGCGCAGGAUCGAGUACAUCGAGGCCCGGGUCACCAAGGGCGAGACGCUGACAUAGGCCUGGGGCGGCCCCGGGCCCCCCCCACCCCGCCGGAGCACCGCCGCCCCGCACCCUGCUCGGGGCCUGCCGCCGCCACCGCCGCCGCCUCUGCUUGUGUUGCCAAUAAACCGCUGUGCUCCUGCCCUGCCUGCUCUCUGCCUGCCUGCCUGGGGCCGGGCCAGGGGACGCCCGGCUCCCUGCCACCGUCUUGGAUGUCCAGAGCCUGCCCUUCCAUCCGCCUGACCCGCAGGGUUCGGGCCGCGUUCCUCCCCGUACGUGGGGGCUCUGAUGGGAGGGGGUGCGCUCCAGGGGCUGCAGGCCUGGCUGCUGUCAGCUCCGGGAGGCGCCUGACCGCCCUUUGAGGUGCUUUGUGCUCUUGCUGGGGUCGCAGUGGAAAAUCUGGUGAUCCCGACGGUUUGGAAGGUGUCACAGCCUGCACAUGUGCGCACUGUCGGGGCUAGGUGGGGACAGCAGGCUCACCUGGCGUGGUGCACAUGCCACAAGAGAGUGCUCUUUGCUGGCACCUGGGAAGAGGUGCUUAUCCUCCUCUCUAGGGAGGCAAGUGGCAAGGAGAAGGAAGUCUCUCUUCCCUUCCCACUACUCCUCUAUUUAUCUCAGUUUUUCAGUGGGCAUCUACAGCUGCAAACUCACUGCUCAUAUUUAGUGUUUGUUGGGGAGUCCAUGGAGUUGGUGUCAGUAAAGGUCGUCUUGCUUCCCA